AAGAAAGAUGCUGAUUUCGAUUGUUGUCGUGGUUGUUGCAGCCAACGUCUACGUGGCUGCCAAAGAUGCUCUGUGUCCCAUCCCGAAGCACCAUAUACACUUCGGCUACCAUGAAGGUUCGGGGGAUGAUCCUUCUCACUGGCACGAUCUGGACACCGACACCCGCUGCUGUGACGGGUCCCAGCAGUCUCCCAUUGACAUCGACAGUGACGACGCGACAUGUCACCCUCUGGGCGGCAUCGACUAUGAACCAAAAGGAGCUGUGUCUGGGAAUUUAAAAAUGAAUGGCCAUGGCGCGAGUCUUGCCUUCUUCAAAAAUGAACGUCUCGUGACGGAUGACAUGCCUUUCACUGACGGCGAGUACGUCCUGGACUCAAUGCACUUCCACUCUCCCUCGGAACAUCUCGUCGACGGCAAACACUACGAUGGGGAGUUGCAUAUGGUUCACUACAAGAAGGAGUAUGGGAGUGUUGGGGCGGCUGUCGACAAGGAAGACGGCUUGGCUGUCGUUGGAGUGUUCCUGGAGGUGACAUGUGAGUCGCAGGAUCAUGCCUUCAACAGGUUCGUGGAUGGAGUGGCGCAUCUGAAAGUCGGUGAAGCUGAGAAUGUGACUCUGGACCCCAGCGAGCUGCUGCUGCUUGAUGACGAUUACUACACGUACAAGGGUUCGCUUACCACCCCGCCCUGUUCGGAGUCUGUCCGAUGGGUUCUUAUGGUUUUGCCUGUUCUCACCACAGAGGAUAGGAUCCGCGUGCUGAGGGCUGUUCCAGUUGCCGACGGCGAACCACUUUCGGUCGACACAAACGACAGACCAGCCCAACCGCUGAACAACCGCACCGUUUAUCUUUCCUGCUGAUAAACACGUACAUGUAUAAAUGUUUCAAAGACAGAAUAUAUUGGCUAUGAAA